AUGGAGGUUCAAUACAUGAGCCUUAAGGAAGAUGCAGAAGUUCUUAUAAACGAAGUUAGUUAUGCUGUGAAGAACAUUUCUAUAUCUUCUUCACUUCCUUCAUCUGAUAAUUGUGUAUUCUUAAAUAUUGAAACAAAAGAAAAUGCCUUAUUUACAGUUCGCUUAUCGCCUCAAGGUUUUCAAGUUGUUAGUCAUGCUUUAGACAAAGAUGAAAAUGGAUCUACAACAUAUCCAAGAGUAUACGAAACAGUUUAUUCGCUGCUUGAAAAUAUUAGUGAAAGUUAUGUAACUGUUUUUGGAAAUGCGCUAUCGGUAAAGUUAAACGCUCUAAAAGAUUUGCAAGAAAAAAAUGCUGAAUAA